UGUGUUUAGACACUCGCAGCAUGUCACAUAUUUCGCAGUGAUGACCAGCGGAGCGACGACUGCGGCGGUCGUGGUCGCGCUGGGCGCCGGCCUCGUGGCCGCUGUCCUCUACCAGCGCACGCGCCGCCCGGCGCUCGAGGCCAUGCCCCACCAAGUGGGCGGCCACGCCUGCGAACAGACCAGCAUGAAGCUCCUCGAUGGCCGCUUGCUCAAGCCCUUCCAGAGCAAGAACCGCGGCGAGCGCGAGUGGGCCUUUUACGUGGUGGCGCAGAACGACGUGGCGCUGCGCCCUUUCCUGCCCGCGUUUGACGGUGACGUCACGCUCGCUGGCCGCCGCUACAUUCAGCUCGAGAACUUGCUGCAUGGCAUGGUGCACCCGUGCAUCAUGGACAUCAAGAUGGGCACCAAGUCGUACGAGCCGAACGCGUCAGCAGCCAAGGUCGAGGAAGAGUCCCGCAAGUUUCCGCUCCAAGCGACGGUCGGCUUUCGCCUCCAAGCCAUCAAGGUCUACGAUGUCGAUGCAAACGCGUAUACAUCAUAUGACAAGUACCACUGCCGGACGCUCCAGACGCUGGACGAAGUGCGUGGUGGGCUCGACACAUUUUUCACGUCACCCGAGAUCCGCGAUGCGGUGGUGCCCCAGAUUCUGGGCAAUCUCGCCGCGCUCCAGACGUACUUUGACACGAACGAGCGCUACCACUUUAUUGCCAGCUCACUCCUCUUCGUGUAUGAUGCGGCGGCCCCCAGCACGCGCUGCGACGUGCGGCUCAUCGACUUUGCGCACAUUCAAAUGGACGUAUCGACGCGCGACGACGGCCUCUGCACGGGCUUGCGCAGUCUCACGUCGCUCUUCGAGUCGCUGCUUGCAGCCUAAAUCCGUCGUUGACGAGCCAUGUACCAACCCCAACCCUCGUUCGCCAUACAGCGUUAAAUUGAAAAAAUGCAAUGCCAACGCAAGGGUCGAAGCGAGGGACAA